AUGGCAGGCACUUGUAUUACUACGAUUAAAUUAUUAGGAGUUGGAUCAUUAGGUUUAUUAUCAUCAUCUAUAAUUUAUCAAUCAUUAACCAAAUUACCUGAGUUAAUCCAUCAAUUCAAUUGUCAAUUCAAUACUAACAAAGAUGGUGGCACUCAUAGUUCUAUUACAUUAUUUGAACAACAAUUAUAUCGUCUUAAAAACAUUAUCUUUGGUAAUCGAUUGAUUAAUGGGGCUUUAACUGCCAUAAGUACUGGAUUAUUUGCUUUAGCAUUCAAAUAUUCUGUUAGUAAUGAAAAACAUCCUUAUUUGAUAUAUGCUGCUCUUGGUGCUCCAUUAAGUUUUAUUAGUUUAUAUUAUAAUAUCUAUUCUGUUGAAGAAAAGAUUUUGUCUCAACAAAAGAGUAAAUCAACUAGUGUUGCCAAAACUAGAACGAAACUGAAGCAUUCUGAGUCCAGUACUACUAAUCAAGAAGACGCUCAAGCUUAUGAUGAUGAAGAUGAACCAGCUGAAUUGAUUAGUAAAAUAACUUCAAGCGAUUCCUUAUUAGGUAAAUCAUAUGUUCAUCUUUCUGAUGAAUCAGGAAUAUCAACUCCUAACUCAACCACAUCUCAUCCUUCAACUCCUAAACUUGAACCACAUCAACAAGAACAAGAACAGGAACAACCAACGCCAGCUGAUGAUGAUGUUGAACUUGAAGUUGAACAAGAGGUUGAAAACAUUUUAAUCAAAAAACAAGUUGUUCAAAAUUUGAAAAAAAUUGAAUCAGGAUAUACCAUUGCUAGUUAUGUUUCUGGAAUUAGUUUUGUCAUUGCUUCAAUUGGAUUAAUUGGUGAUUAUUAUUAUUUCUAA